UACACGCUUGGAGCUCCAUAAUAAUGUUCUCGUCAGGAGAAGGAAUAUUGGAGGUGAGCUUACUUACCAACUUGUACUUCCAGAGGAAUGGCGGGCUGAGGUCCUUAACCAGCUGCAUGACCAGAUGGGCCAUUUGGGCACAGAAAGAACUCUGGACCUCAUCAGAUCACGGUUCUUCUGGCCACGAAUGGCAAGUGAUGUCUGUAGCAAACUCAAGAACUGUGAAAGAUGCAUUCGAAGAAAAGCACAACCUGAGAAAGCUGCACCACUUGUUAAUAUUAAAACUUCAAGACCACUCGAACUUGUCUGCAUGGACUUUCUUUCAAUAGAACCAGACCGGAGCAACACAAAAAAUAUUCUAGUGAUAACCGAUCAUUUCACAAAAUAUGCUGUUGCAGUGCCAACCCCAAACCAAAGAGCUAAAACUGUAGCAAAAGUGUUAUGGGAGAAUUUUCUUGUCCAUUAUGGAAUGCCAGAGCGUCUCCAUAGUGACCAAGGGACUGAUUUUGAAUCACACACAAUCAAAGAGCUCUGUCAGAUCACAGGAAUCAAAAAGAUUAGGACCACACCUUAUCAUCCCCGUGGAAAUCCUGUGGAGCGAUUCAACCGAACCCUUUUAAACAUGUUGGGUACUCUGCAAGAAGAAGAUAAAAUUCACUGGAAAGAUUUUGUGAAGCCAUUGGUACACGCUUACAACUGUACCCGAAAUGAUGUCACUGGAUACUCCCCAUAUGAACUGAUGUUUGGUCGGCAACCCCGCCUUCCUGUUGACUUAGCUUUUGGAUUGCCUGUGUCUGAACAACCAUCUACAUCUCAUUCACAGUAUGUUGAAAAGCUCAAGUCACACCUCAAAGAAAGUUAUAAAAUUGCAACUGAAAACUCUGAGAAAGUCAUGUGGAAGAACAAACUCAGAUUUGACAAGCAAGUCACAGCUGCAGAACUCUCAGUUGGAGAUAGAGUUCUGGUUAGAAACGUCAAACUACGAGGCAAGCACAAGCUCGCAGACCGGUGGGAAUCAGACGUGUAUAUUAUUCAGAAGAAAGCCGGCACUCUUCCAGUAUACACCGUUAAACCAGAAGGCAAAGAUCGUCCCAUCAGGACUCUCCACCGUGAUCUGCUGUUGCCUUGUGGCUACCUGUCCCCAGCCUCUAAACCAGAACAGAGGAAGAAAACAGCGAUUGCACCCGUGACUUCAGAAAAUGUAGAUCUUUUAGACCCUGAAAAUGAAGAACUGUUCUUACCUGAUUUAUCUGAUUACUCCAGCUCCUAUGUCACCAGAGUUACAACUGAGGUUGACUUACCUGCUCCUGCAUCUACCAUCGCUCCUAUACCUGUGGAUUUGCCUGGCCAGCAUCCCCAGAGCUCUUUAGAAGAGAAGGUUGGUGAGGAAACGGAAGGGGAGUCUGGACCUGAACCUAUUGCUGAACUCGACCUGGAACGAACGGCUGAAGAUGAAACAGAUUCUGCUGACUCAGAGCCUCUUGGGGACAACUCCUCCUCUCAAUCAGGACCUGUCUCUCCUCACCCAGAAUCUGCAUCCUAUCCAGGACAAUCCAGCAUGUUAAGUGAUUCUUCUGCUGUAAAACUCUCCAACCCAGAUCCUGAACCAUCUGCCAGACGCUCUACCAGAACACGUCACCCACCAACUCGUCUGCAGUAUUCAACACUUGGGCAUCCACUUCUGCAGAGCAUCCAAACCCUGUUUCAAGGACUCAGUACAGUCUUUACAUCUGCUCUGGAACUGGAUGAGACCUCUGUGACCUCUACAUCAUGUGACAGUGUGGUGUGUCACCAGCCGGUUGCAUGUACGAGGCCGCACAUGAGUUUAGGGGGGGAACCUGUAACCUGCAAUUAGUAAUGGACUUUUAUUUUUGCGGGCCCACUUCCUGUUUGCCCCAAACUCCGCUAGCUUAUUUAAAGCCACGCCUCCAGCGCGCAGUUUAAAGAUCCUCACCUGUUUCCACUGUGGUUGUGGCUUGUUGUUGGCGUCUUCUUCACGGAGUCAUCAAAAUCUUUAAGCCCACUGAUUUGAUUGCCUGAAUUAUUGGCGGUGUUACCUGGAUGUCGCCGGGGUUCUGGCACAGCUGAUUGUGGCUGGGCGUGCCCACUCUCUUGAUAAGGUCGGGUUUUUUUUUUCCGGUUGGAUCAGAUCCUCAUCAGGAUUUGAAGAUGGCGAGCUAAGGAAAAGAACUCUGAACUUAAUGAUUUUGCAAUUAAUUUAUUCUGGGUCAAUUGUCUUGUCUCAUUGUGUUGUUGUAAUUGUUGUUUUAUUCAAAUCACUUAAUAUAUAUUCACCAAAACUAAAAACACUGCCUCCUGUUUUCUCCACACCUCGGGCUCCUAAAAGAACACUCUUCUGAUGCUGCUUUGGUAGCCGCAGUUAGCUGCCUAGCCCAUAACUGUUA